CCGGUGCCUCGAGCGCAUCCGCUCUACUUUCUUCAACCGCCCUCGCCGUCGUAACCCCGCCACCGAGUCGCGCUCCCAGAGACCCACCAUCUGUGUUUCCGAGGCUUGACGCCGCCUGCCGCCGCCAUGGAUCCGCUGGAGCUCGGCAAGCUCUUUGUCAAGACGGCGGUGCGCAUGUUCUAUGACACGGAGCACAUUGUCAUCGUUGACGCGCUGAUCUUCCAUGGCGCGCUCAAUACGCCAGAUCUGGUCAUCGUGCUGGACAUGGGCAAAAGCACAAAGCAGGUGAACAAGUACAUUGGAAAGCUGAACCAGGCCGGGCUCAUCUCAAUCUUCUCGCGACAAGAGACACGCGAAGGUGCUCUCAAGGCUGUCACCCGCGACUACUACUACAUAGACUACCGCCGAGCCAUCGACUCUGUCAAGCUCAAGAUCCACAAGAUCGAUGCGCGCAUAAAGAAGGACGCAAAACCAACUACCGAGAAAUUUGAAUACGUCUGCAGGAACAUAGGCUGCGAGUCCCAGUACACCCAGAUCGAGGUGUUGGACAGCAUAGACCCAAUGGGUCGCGAGAGCGGCUUCCUGUGCAAGAAAUGCCUCCGCCCACUCAUCUAUCUUGGCGAUGACGAAGGACCGGACCUCGAUAGCGAUGACACGCCUGCCAAGUUCAAUAAGCAAUUCAAGCCCAUCCUUGAUCUCAUGCAGCGGGUCGAUGGCGUUACUAUUCCACACAUCGAAGGAAAGGACGCCGUCGAAGGAGCUGUCGAGCUUCCCCGAGACAAAGAAAUCAAUCCCGGUGCGAAGCACGAGGUUGUCCAGGAAAACUCGGUACGACCAGCCGCGGUCAAGGGCACUAACACGGUCGUCGAGAAGAUCGACGUCACUAUCAAGUCCAGCUCAGACUACAACGAAGAUGCACACGCCCAAGAGAAGGCGCGCCAGGAGAGGAUUGCCGCGCAAAACCAGCUUCCUUCCUGGCACGUCAAGUCUACUGUCGACAAGAGCCAAGCUAGCAGCGCCGCGACCCCGAUCACCGCCACGAACGGCACAGGUACGCCUUCAAUUAAGGCGGAGAUGGUGAACAUCAAGCCCGACCCAGCCGGCAAUCUGGACGAUGUCUUUGCCCAGCUUGCUGCCGAACGCGCGAAGCAGGAGGCAGAGGACGACGAUGACGAGGAAGAUGAUGAUGAUGAUGAUGAGUUCGAGGACGCCAUGGUGGAUACGGCUCCAGACUCAAAGCGUGUCAAGCUAGAAUCUUCCGCCGCUCCUACGCCCACAAGUGCAGCCACACCCGCCAUCUCUACGGGCGACGGCGGCGACGAGAGCGACGAGGACGAAUUUGAGGAUGUCAAUUGAUUUUGCAAAGCGACGGCGUCGGCGUUCUAUACCUUGGGUUACAACGGUUGUCAUUUGGACGGGAUCUGAGAUUGAUACGGAAACGGAAAAGUCGCUUGUCAAUGAAGGCUCAUGGGACGGCCUGAUGGCUGCAAAGCCUCUGUACAUCAAUGUUAGUGCAUGUAGACUAUUCACGCGUGCGCGUACAUCCUGGACAUGUAGUCUCUUGGAAACAUGAUGACCAGAUAUAAGCUGGAGCCGC